GUUCUCCUCUCAGUGCACUUACAGCGGGAUUUUACGUCUGUAAUUGCACCCUUCACCACUAGACGAACGCAGUUGGACUCGGUUUUUAGCGCCUGGGGCCGGUAUAGAGAGGACCUAGCCGCAUCCUGUGCGCGGGAGAUGCUCCGUUACCAUAGCAACUGCAGACGAUAGCGCAGAGAGGAGGAAUGAAUGGGUGCGGAGGUACGCUGCUCAGGUGGCGAUGACACCGUAAGCUGCUGACAGUUUUUUUCGGAGAUACCUGCCGAUCACACCGUGAAGGAUGGGGCAAGUACACGGAGGAGGAUGUACAGAGCCGGUCCGAGAGCGGGCGGGAGCGGACGGCAGCACCGAGGACAUCCCGGCCAACUCUCCACCUCCCCGGCCUCCCCCGCCGCCCAUUCCCGACGAGAUCCUGCGGAAGAUCCACGAGGUGGAGCAGGAGACGUUUCUCGGGCAGAUCCCGAUGCAGGAGCCGAGAGGGAGCCCGGGGAAACGCCGCCCGGAGGUCCUGCCAGAGAACAUGUUUAUCCGUGUGGUCCACGGGAGUCUCCGGAGGGUGGCCGGGGCCGAGGAGCGGCCCAUCGCCGACGGGACUGCCCUGGUCCGGACGGUAGAGCUCACCAGAGCACCGGGAGAAAUGCUGGGCUUUUAUAUCAGACAGGGAAAUGGACUUGACAGAGACCACGGAAUCUUUGUGUCUAGAAUUAUGGCUGGGAGCUUGGUGGAUCGGUAUGGACUGCUUCGAAUCGGGGAUGAAAUUCUAACCGUGAACAGUGUUGAUGUAUCGUACAUGAAGUUAGCAGAAGUUGUAGCCAUCAUGCAGAUUCCUACCCGACUAGUUAUGAAUGUUACAACACAGAAGUACGCCACGCUCCCCGUAAAGGGCGGCAUAGCUAAAGGGGACCAAUUAGCAGUUGAAAAUAAAAAUCCAACUAGAACACCUAACAAGCCAAGAAGAAGUGCAUCACAGCGUAUCAGUAGAAGCCCAAAGAGUUCAGGACGUCAGAAGGGGAAACGCCCAGAACGUUCCAGUUCCUUGGAGGACAAGCGCCGCAUUCCUUUCCAGAAGGACCAAAUAUCAGACGAUUUUGAUUUUGAGAAGUUCCUAUUCAAUCCGCCAUCGAUCAAGGAGAAACCCUUACCGGAAAUACCCAAAGACUGCAUGAGACCAACCAAGACUCCCCCUGCCCCCCCUCCAAGCAAGGACAAGGAGAAAAUCAAGGAAGCCCUCUGUUCUGGAAAGCGACUAACACGUCUGGAUUUGGCUGUGGCCAGAACAAAACUAGAUGAAGCAUACCACCAAGCGUAUGACCUUCUUUUGAACUCGUUGGAAAAGGAGGAAGAAGAAAGGGCUAAACAAAGGGCCAUUUCUGAUGCUGCAGAUGAUGGAAGCACAACUCCAGUCACUGCAGAGGAAGUCGAGGAACAACCAGAAGAAGAAGAUGGAAGGGGAAGCCCUGAAGGGGAAGCAAGUGUUUCAGAAGUUCCAUUAACCUGGACCAAACUAGACCGUUCUUUACGUAGCCACCAUCUAGAAUCCUUACAGCAUCAUUCCUCUAGAUCUUCCUCGGACCGCGAGGAGUGGGGAGAUGACGACAUACAGGGGGACUCCUAUGUCGAGCACAAUCCCAUCUACGAGUCUGAUGAAGAUGACUACAACUCGGCGCCUCUAUGGUCGGAGGGACAGGGCCACACGCCGAACGGAUUCAUUAAGAAGAAUGGACCAGUGAUGGAUGGAGGAACUGAUGAGGAUGACCCACAGAAUGACCCCCAGGAUUACUCAAACGAGGACAGGGCUGAUUACGAGUCCGGGACUUGGAAGAGCGACAAGACCUGGCAGAGCGACUCCUCUUGUGCCCCUGCCGACAUGGCCGAAUCACCGGUGUUACAACGUCGAGGUAGGGUGGGGAAGGUUGGAGAGAUUCAUGCGAGGGCAGUGUUGUCCCCUCCGCGAUCCCCCAGCAACAUCACCGUGAAGAAGAAGCAGGAGUGGUAUCAGCGCCGGGCGAAGAUAUCACCUGAGCUCGCACGGCGAAUCUCGGGGGAGAACGAGGAAGAUGGCCAGGAAGAAGAAAACAUUGGAGUUGGAGAACCUGAGGAGCCAGAUUUGUCUCGGAGCCGUUCCCCCAAACGAGAGGGUUUCUGGUCUGCGCUGUCCCAACUGUCGCCAACAACGGUACGCAAGUUCGGCUGGAAGAAACCGGCUACGAACCGUUCACAGUCCGUGGAAGAAGAGAACCGGGCAAACAUCGGUACUGACAGCGAUGAGAGCCCCAAAAUGGCGCAACGAAACCACGCCCUGGUGCCAGAAAUAGCGCUCACGCCUGAGCAGAAACUGUCAUCUCUACAAAAUAAAGGGAAAGUGGUCGCCAAAUACCAUCUGGACAGUACUAGUACUAGUACCAGUGACAACGGAAGCACAACAAGAGGGGGAGGGGUGGGUAGCGUGUUCACCCGAACCCGCCUGUACCGCUCGUUUAACCGGGACCGCUCAAACAAUGACAGAACUAUGGAAAAAGUCCCCAACGGCGACCUUGCUGGCCGAGGUGUAGACUUGGGGAGCUACAAGAAAUGUAAAUCGGACGAUGGGAACAAGGGGGGGCUGUGUCCCGUUUCAGGGAUCCUGGCCAUAGAACUGUACAGCUUGAAGGGUAUGAAGGUGUUUAAAAAGAGCUCUAAGGACUUGUACUGUGUGAUCGAGGUGGAUGGAGCUCCGCGGGCGCGCACCGUGGUCCGGGACGGGGAGCAAGAGGUGGUGUGGAACGAGAAGUUUGCUCUAGAACUCAACGAUGCGUACCAGAUCUGCUUCAACUUCUACAACUGGGACAACAUCCGCCGCCACAAGGUCAACUGCGCGGGCACCCUGAACCUGUCCCACCUCACCAGACAGGCCAACGAGAAAAUCGCGCUCAAGAUGGAUCCCAGAGGGACCAUGUACGUGACUCUGACCCUUGACCCCAACAUGGAGGACGGUGUCCAUUCCCUGAACCCCUCCCCUGGCCUAGGCAGACUGUUCGGCAUGGACCUGGAUAGGGUUGUGGAGGAGGAGGGAGGGGGGAUCCACAUUCCUCUCGUCAUCAAGAAGUGUGUCAGCGAGGUGGAGGACAGAGGCUUGAGUGUGGUUGGCAUUUACAGACUCUGUGGUUCGGCCUACAGAAAGAAGGACCUACGGGACGAGUUUGAGAUCGACAGCAUUCGAACAGACAUCUCGGCAGACAAGUACCCUGACAUUAACGUCAUAACAGGUGUGCUGAAGGAUUUCUUACGCGAGUUACCUGAGCCCCUCUUCUCCCCCGCCCUGUCAGACAUCGUCUGUGCCAAACCCUGUGACAAGGAGCCUGAAGAGAUGCUGCAAUGCCUGGGUGCUGUUCAGAAGUUAACCCUUGGCUACCUGCUCGACCACCUGAAACGGGUUGCGGCCAACUCUUCAGUCAACAAAAUGGACUACAACAACCUGGCUGUGUGCUUCGGCCCUGUGCUGUGCUCCCCUCCCCAGGGGUCGGAUGUGGAUGGUGCACAGGGAGCCCUUCUCGCUGCCAUAGACUUCAGAAAGCACAUCGCAGCGCUGCAGACACUGCUGGAGUUGUGGCCUGCAGAUAGAGAUCCAAAUGCAGACAAAGACCAUGAGAAUGUGAACGAGGAUGGAGAGGACAAAGACGAGCCCAACAACAACGACCUUCCUGAGUCGGACUCGACCCUGCUGUACAGCCGUCUCCGUGGCAACACGAGUUCAAGUGAGGACAGCCGUCCCGAGGCAGAUCGUACCGACAGCGACACGAGCCAGCGGUCGCACGAGCCCAGCCCACGACUGGGACGAGACGGAAGUCCGCGUACAGGCCGGCUGCAGGUGUAUGAUGAGGUUUUUGAAGAGACAGCCGCAAACUUACCGACCAGAUACCAAAGUUACGAGGAGAUGGAAGAGUUCACCUCGGAGAGGGGGAAGAUUGAGCAGAGCACGCUGGAACGCAGGAUGGUGGAGAGAGGGAAGAUGGUCCAGCGGGACCGGAGUUUCCGGGGGGACCGUCCCGCCCGCGUCCGGGUGACUGUAGAGGAGGACUACAUGGACAUGGAAGGAGUGCAGGAGGAGAAGAAUUCACCAAAAAGGAGUGAAGGUGGGAAGACAGAAGGGAAGGAGAGAGAUGAGAACAUUGCAAAUGAGAGUAAGGACACUGAUGGUGGCGAGAGAAGCAUGGAGGAGACUGCUGAAGAGUUGAUGGCAAAGCCAAGGUCACGAAUAUCGAGGAAGCAUGAAAAGGAGUAUGUCAACCUCGCACCUUACCGUGCGGCUCUUGGUGUAUCUUCUGUUGAUGAUGAAGGUGACUCCAAGGUCACAACCAGUCCCAAGUUAACACAACGGGAGACGCCAAAAUCACCUGCCAAAGCUUACAUCGACUACGCUCAACUCUCAAAAUCGAGAGAGCGCUUGUCGGACUCGUCUAGCUCCAGAGAACAGCUGACGGAUUCCAGUGAGCGCCUGACGGAGUCCCCCAAGCCAUACAGCCAUCGCGAACAAUGUUCACCAAGGGAGAGAGGCAACCAGGCCAGUGGAUCUGAGAAAGCCUACAUCGACAUGAGCCAGCUGAGAGGCCACAGGAAACAGCUGUACCUACAGCGGAGCCGGACUGAGGAGAUACAGGCAAGAUACCCAGGAAAGGAGUCAGCUUCAGAAGAGCACACACCGGCGAUACAGGUCUCCAGUUCGGAAAGCAUCGUGAGACGGAGACUACGGUCGUUUGAAGGGGAUUCCAGAGGUGAACAGCAAGGGCCUGCUCCGUUCGCUAGAGCAGGCAUCCAGGGGGACGGGGCAGAGCAGAGGGGCUGUCGACAACGGGGGAGGGCACGUGCUGCAACCGACAGCGCUCUGUUCAUCCAUGAGGGAGAUAGCGACUUUGAGGAAGACAGGCUGCUAGCACGUGACUUUGCCCGCCACGCAGACCGCUUGCCUUUGCAGACUCCAGUUCCCGAGAGUCUGUCUGUAGAUGAAGGGAUUGAUGUUCGUGCGUUGAGUCCCCAAGAUCUAAGCGUUGACGUAGAUCUAAGCACAAAAUUCCACGAUAUAGACAGACUGGUAUCGGAGACCAUCAAGGACACCCUCCUGGCGUCCACUUCUCCUUACAAGGGCGGCGCGAAGGCCUCUCGUUCAAAGGACAGUCUGGACAGCGGGGCCGUUCUGUCGCCCUCCAUGAGUCGGGACGUCAUGGCCAUGGGCGGGUCUCAGCCCUCCCCGGAAAGUUACGGCUCGCGAGACGAAGGCUGGUCUGACAUCGACCAAUGGAUCCUGGAGCGGUGGAACAGCAUCGACCACCUCAUGGAGACCUGGACCCUAACGGACAAUCCCAGCGCAGACGUCUCCGAGUGUUGAUGUCCAAACCUCACAGAUCAAUCAUUAUAUGUAAUCAAGAUAAGAAAUAGCAAAAUUAACAGAUUCUGCUGUAGUAAUAUUCGAACUCAUCAUUGGAUGUCAUGUAGAAGGGAACUGUUGUGAUUGUUGCAUGUUACAAACAUGCCGUAGACACAACUUCAAAACAUCACAGAAAUGAUCAACCGAGACCUGAACUUCAACCUCUGUUAUCUAGUCCAUGAUACUCUGAGAAUCAAUCCUCUAUCCAUGGAGCUAAAAGUGAAAUUGCCACCAAAUCCUGCCAACUGUGAAACCUGUAACUAGCACUAGAUGGUUGUAGCAUGGUUCAAGUAACCUCCUAGACAAGGUCCAGUAUUGAGUGUAAGUAACCACUGCCAACUUAGAUGCGAGGAAUUUCUGUAGGGGGAGGGGGGCUGUGUUGUCAUUGCUAUGAAACUGUAAUGCACAAAGUACUAUUGAUAUAUUCAUGAGUUUAGUUUUUCCUCUGUAAUGGGAACAAAUUGUAGGAAUGGAAAAGUCAUUAUGGGAUGAGAUCUGCCAUCCAAUGAUUGUUAACCUUUGUCAAUGUUUUUUUUGUUUGUUUGUUACACCUGAAACAAAGGCCAAAGAGGCUGGUGUGACAAUGAUAAUCAGGUCUGAAAAUUUCAAAGAACUUCUCUUUUGUGUCAAUGAAAAUAGGUUACCCUUUUCUGCUGACCUGUACUGUAAGCGAUACACUUCUCAUUGCUAGAUGAUCCCAUGGCAAGUUGUAAGAUAUAGAGAUAUAUAAUUUUUUUUCUAUUGUAAAGUGUGUACUAGUGAGAACCUCCUUGACACUAGUGUCUGAUCUGGCUCUGUUCAUGUCUGGUGCUAUGGCUGGAGAAGUGAGAUGCUGGAAAGUCUGAUUUUGUUCUAGUUCAGGAGAAUUUUGGUUGACAUUGUUGGACAGGGUCCUGUUGCCAUGACAAUAUGAUAAAGACCAUGGAAUUUCAUCCAGAGGUCCAGGAGAGUUAUGAGAGUAAGAAUUUUCUAAGAGCUGAAGAAGGAUUAUGACACUGGAAAUUUUGUAAUAGUUCUAUAUGUACUGGGAUGUAUUGAAUCAUGAUUUAUUGAAAAGGAAUUGUGUACCCAUUUGAAAAUAUGAAUAGUAUUGUCAUGAUUCCAGCAGUGUUAUAAUGUUAAUGUGCACAAUACAACUGCACUGACUGUUUUGGUGUUAUGUAUUACAUAUAUCUACAUACCCCAGCAAGACUAACACCUGAACUUCAGUCAGGAAAGAUUACAAGACAAUUGUUGUUGUUGAUUUGUUUGUAUUAACCCAGAAAUCUUCUUUGUUCCCCUCUUGUUUGCAGGGAAACAUAUAUCUCAAUGUGCUCGUGCCAUAUUUGUAUUUAUAACAUCCUUUGUUAACUAGUCUUUCAAGUCACAUUGUAACAAGAGCGCACCAAAUAAGUUAUUGUCACUAUUUAUUUUUAUUGUUUGAGGACUCUCUUGUAAUUCCUACUUUGUACUAAUGUCUGUGUCAAAUUGCCAAAUUUUUUCUACUCAUUUAUAGACUUGAAUUAACUCCUUUGUUAGUGAGAACCAAAAUGUCCCAUGUAAGGUAAGAGUGAACUAUUUGACAUGUAUAUUUAUUCUAGCAAAGGGAGAGGCAAUGUUGUAGUCGUUAGCUGGAAAUGUAAUCAUGUACAAUCCUGAAAACUAUGGAUGUGUAAUUAAUCAAAGAAUCAUGUUUAUUUAUUCCUAUUAUUAUUAUUAUCUUUAUUAUUCUAAUGAAAAAAGUUGACUUAUUCUGUGUCAUGGUGUACAUUAGACUGUAUUUAAAUAAAGCCAUUCUAAAUCAG